UUAUGAGAAAGAAAUAGAACUGUACGAGAAGCUGCUUGAUGUCAUCAGCAAGAGUGAUGAUGUCAGUGAGGCGACCCACUUACUCAGGUCAGGGGCACCCAUGGAGCCAGUGGGACAGUGGUCCGUCUACCCACUCUCCCUGGCCAUUACCAACAACCGUCUCAAGAUCAUCAACCUACUGGUGGCAGCUGGAGCGCCGCUCACCACCACCAUCCAUGGCGUCAACCUGCUGACUCUGGCCUGGCUCACCCCAGACGUCACUAUUCCUGCCCAGGUUGCCAUCACAAGGGUGUUCCUUCAUGUACUGCAGUAUGAACUUGGUCAAAUUAAUAAUCUCCCAACAACUAGCAAAGGUGUAGAUAAUAAUAUUGUAUCCACCUUAAGAGGUGGUGUUAAAGGUCUCAUAGUGACCUUACAAGGUGACACUCCCUGGAUGGUCCGCUGGUCACCUGGUAUGUCUGUGGAGAUGCUAACUGAGCUCAUGGUUCAGGCUGCUGGUGCCAAGUGUACCUUGACAUGCAGCUUCCUCUACCAGGCUGGAGCUCAGUCCUCCUUAUGUACCAAGUGUGGCAUGACUCCUGUGCACGCUGCACUGGAAGCUGGACACUGGGACCUUGCUGAGCACAUAAUCAAGGACAUGGGAGGUUCUCUGUAUAUCCCGGACAACAGUGGUCAACUACCCACAAGUGUGAUGAAUACAAAGCUCUGCCAGACACUUGAAAAGACCAUUUAUUUCAAGGAAAGACACCAACUAGAAGACUUAUUGGAGAAGAUGAAAUCCCCCACUGAUAAACAACUGGUGCUGGAGUUUUUGAAGGUUCAGGAGCUUCUGUUCAACAAGACGAAACCUUUUACCCAAGAUGAGGAAACACUGGUGUUAAAUAUAGGAGACCAAACACUCCUGGUGGCCUCAAGAAAGGGGCUACAACAGCUUAUUUACCUCCUGGUAGAGAUAGGUGGACUUGCUGUAGACACACUAGUGGAUAAUAUUAGUGACACCACUGCUCUCCACGAGGCUGCCUCUCAUGGAAAGUCUAGCUGUGUUCUCCUUCUUUUAAACCUUGGCGCCCAACCCUUGAAGCCUGACAGAUAUAAUCAAACACCUUCCCACUUGUCUGCAAUGUUCGGCCAUCACAAUGUUUAUAAACAUUUAGAAAGAUAUCAUACUGAGAAUAAACCUUCUUGCAGGGCUGGUACUUCCCCACAAGAUGUUCGUGAAAAUUUCCUUAAGUACCUGAAAAUGUACAAGAAAAACAAUCAGUCUACUAACAUUAAAAUUGAACAUAUGAAUAACUCAUCAGAAGCUACUAUGAAUCUUCUCAACCAAAAUGAUUUAAAAGAAAUAGUAGAAGACGUAGAAGAAGUGACCGUUGAUUAUGCCAAAGGUGAAGCACUAGAAGUUAAAGAUGCAGUAAUGAAAGAACUUCAGAAUAUUAUGAAAAAUAUUCCAGAUAAAACUUACAAAGGAGAUCUCAUAUUGCUUGGAAGUUCUGCAGAUUCCACAAGGUUGUAUUGCCCUGAUGAGUUCGAUGUAAAUCUUGUUCUCAACAAUUUUUCAAACAUCGAAUUUAACAUUGUGGAACAAACACAGGAAGAGGCCUUUGCCAGUGGACACAAAUUAAGAGUGGAACCAAAACUCAGUGAUUUCGACUACAGCAAUUUUGUAAACAAGUUUUAUGAGUGUGUAGAGGACCGUCUCAAAACAUAUACUUUGGUUAACAAAAGAUUAAGUCUGGUGCCACCUGGCCUGACCAGGACACAGGUGGGUGUGGCACUGUCACUGGCUUGGCAGGGACAUAAGUACCCAUUGUUGUUGAUUGGUGUUGACAUGGUGCCAGUGGUGGCUGUGCCUUGGCUCUAGAAGAUAAGCAAACCUUUUCUUACACCAGACACAUCAACAGUGAUCCACCUCAGCAACACUGAAGAUGGAGGAUGGAGAUGUAGCUUUGCAGCCACUGAGGUGGAGGUGUUACAACAGCUGGAUCUUCUGGAACGCAAAGUGUUUCUCACUGCCAAGAGUCUUCUCUCUUGCAUGAAGGCAGAACCUUGGAUGCCCAGUGAUGUAAAGAUUAAAUAUUGCUGGUGGGACUCCCGUUAUUGGAAAAUCCCGAUUCCAGCUGGAUUUUGCCUUAAAAAUUCAUUCUUAAGGUUUCUAGAGAAGAAGCGAAAUAACGAGGAAGAGUAUCAAGGAAAAGACUUAUUGACAUUGGUGAAGUGUGUUUUCCAAGAAAUGUGUCAGGAGAUGGUUGAUCCAACAACUGGUGCUCAUAGUCUUGUUCCAGCCAAAGUUAAUGCUUACUUUGGUGGAGACUGUGAAAAACCCAAGAUCGGUGAAGGCGCUCCGGAAAUUGUUAGGCAUAUGGAGAAGAAAAUUCAAUAAUCCUGAAAAACAAAAGACGGAUACCAGGGAUUCUGAAAGGGUUUCCUUAAUAAGGUAAAUCACCAUCAUCUGCUAUACUUAUUAAAUUAAUUUCAUGAGAGACAAAAAAUAAUGGUUAUCUAAGUAAGAAUAUUUUCAGAUAAAAAUUACUGCAGAAUUCAAGAUCCUUUUCAAAAGCAAAUGUUUACGAAUACAUAGUAACAGAAAACUAAUAUUACUAUUAUUGUUUCAUUAUUAUUAUUUAAUUGUAUUAAUAUUAAUGGUUAA